UUAUAUUUGUUAAAUCAAAUAAAAGUGUGAUGCAUUUCAAGAUGCUUCGCUCCCAUCCAAAGUGUUAUGGACAUGGAUUAGAUUGGGUUAUCAGUAACUGUGAUAUGGCUCAGUCUGCCAUUUCCUACUAAAUUUAGGGAGAGAUAAUGACUCCUUAUUAAUAUAUAAUGACGAUACUUGAUAUUUUACAAUUCCAUGGUCCAGUUUUUUCAGCUAAGUUUAAUUUAUGGUUGUUUGUGAGCUGAACUAGUGAAGUCAAAGCUAACUUCUGAAAGAUACAGACAUUUUUUAUUCAAGCCAUGCUUGAUAAAAACAAAACAAUUAUUUUCAGAUCUCAGUUUAACGCUUAAAUUGUAAGUUUGGCAAAAGUACAAAGAUGAGUUCGCAAGUAAUAAACCAGGCUAGAGUAAAACAGUCAGAUCGUCUCAUGACAUCAUAUGACAGGUUCAAAGAGAAAGGGUUUCUUUGCGAUUUCAACAUCAACGUCGGUGAAAAAUCAUUCCGAGUGCAUCGUACUGUCUUGGCAGCCUCUUCAGAAUACUUUGAAGCCAUGUUUUCAAGCAACUUGAAGGAAGUUCAUGACGGCCACGUUAUAAUGAAGGAUGUCGAUCAGGAUGGGAUCGCACAAUGCGUAGAGUUCAUGUAUAAAGGAAAGGCAGAUUUGAAAUAGAAAAUAUUCAGCAUAUCCUGCAUGCUUCCAAUCUUUUACAAAUGGUGGAAUUAACGAAUCUUUGUUUUCAAUUCUUGGAAAUUACCAUUUCUCCAAUAAAUUGUCUCUCUGUAAUCAAUUUGGCUCAAAUAUAUGAUCGCCGUGAUAUAAUACAACAAGCCGAACAGGUCGUGAUUGAUAAUUUCGAAUCUGUUAUUUCUUCCGAGAUGUUUCCAUUCAUAACCAAAUCAGAUCUCUUGCGUUACAUGAGAAAUGAGACUUACCAAACAUCAUGGAAAGCUGUGGUAACAUGGGCAAAAAGAAAAGAUAACGUACAGGUUUCUGAACUUGUCAGCAUCGAGCAAUAUCCCUUUAAAUUUCUUCUACAAACUGUCCUUGAAGAACCUAUUGUUAAAAACAAUAAAACAGCUGAGAAAUCGGUAAUCGCUGCAUUAUUUUCUGACGUCAAAAAACUUGAGACAAAUCUUGAUAUUGACAACUGCUUUAUCUUGAAAAAUCUUUCUGAAACCAAUCAAGUUUCUGAACAAAUGACAAUUCAAGAUUCCAUUAACCAAUUCUUGGAGACAAAUUUUGAACAAAUUAGCAAGAAAAAUGAAUUUCGUGAUAUUAGCAAGGAUGACAUAAUAAGACUUUUCAAAUCUUCAGGCACAAAGUAUUCUUCAGAGGCUGUCAAAUAUGAGGCGAUGAUGAAAUGGGUGAAACAUGAUGUCAAAAACAGGAGGAAAUUAUUUCAGGGCUUGUUUAGUUUCAUUAAACUUAAAGAUUUAUCUCUUAAGUUUCUGAAAGAGAUAGUUCGACUUGAACCCUUGGUAAAAAAGUCAGAUAAAUGUUACGAUUCGCUGAUGGAUGAAUUAUUUUCACGAGCAUCUCAAAAAGCUGAAGAAAAACCAAAGGCAGAUAAACCAUUGGCCAUACCAGAUUCAAGCUCUUCAAAGGAUGAUGAGGAAGGAUCUUCUGCCAUUCUAGGUUCUGUAGUACGAAGCGCUCCAGAGAAGGAAGUUGUAAAAGUCAAAGAAGAGUUUGAAGAAAGAAUGAAGCAGAUGGAAUUAAAAAAUGAACAAGAAAAGAGGGAUGCGGAGAGAAUGCGGAUAGAGCACGAAAAGGAAAUGAAGCGGGUGCAAGAAGAAAAGAGGAAAAUGAAAAUUGAGAUUGAAAAGCUCAAAACUGGAAAGAAAGGUGCAGAAUCUCAGUCUUCAAGUCAAACUACUUCUGGUCUAAGAAUCAUCAACCAACAACCAUCUGGUGGGAGGCUGUCAUAUAAUGUGUUUAAAGAAUCACUGCCAGGAUAUGAAAAAGGAUAUGAAAGAAGGGGGACUCUUGUCAUCAUCUACUCAUUUACUGCUGGACGUAUGAGGGGGGUUUCAUAUGAAGCUCAAGAAUUCACUGAAUAUUUGCCAGAUGAUGAUGGAUGGUUAUGUUACUACUUACUCAGACAAGCAUUCGAUGCAGGAUUGAUUUUCAAGAUUCAGGAAGUUGGUGACAGAAAAGGAAAAAUUGUUUGGAGCGAUGAGUUUCCUCAUAAGACUAAUAAAACUGGAGGACCUGAGAACAAUGGAUAUCCAGAUCCAAACCAUACAAUGAAACUGAAACAAGCAUUGAAGGCAAAAGGAUUCAAGUAUGAUAUAUGGUUUCCCUUCAAAUUGAUCCGAAGAUGACGAGAUCCAGAAAGAUUUCCUACAACACUGAUUGUACUGUUCCCUGCAUAGGAUACUGAAAUUGCUUCAUUAAAUCUACAUCAAAUGCCAAAACAAUAUUACCAUUGCAGCCAUUGUGCAAAUUAUGUUCUUGAUCAAAUAUUAAAAAUAACACAAAGUUUCAUAUUAAGAAUUGUAUUUGUGCCAUUUGUGUAAGGCAAAUUGACAAAUAAGUAAAAUGCCCUAGGCGGCUGAAGCUUAGGACUUAACUGCGCUGGCAUCGUUGAUUACACAUUGCAGGUCUAAAUUCCACCCCCUCACCUCUCCCAUGGUCUAUUAGAUUGAGUAGGCAAAAAGAAAAAAUUUUGAAACUUUCAAAUAAAUAGUUGCUCCUCUCGUAUUGUUAGAUAUCAGUGACUGCUAUCAUAUAGUUUAAUAUUUUUGAGGCAUUUUUUUAUAAUUCUCUGAAUAUUCCUGUUCCUUCCACAGUCUACAACACUCCGGGUGAGGUAGCGGGCAUAUGAUUGAACUUGGGGUAUUCAAUUGGACAUGCCAACAUAGUCGAGUCCAAACACAAUGCUAAUAGGAUGAUUGUAUUGCCAAUAUAUUUAAUUUGGUGGAAUCAAUCAGCAAAACUCUAUGUAUUCGCAUUAACUCUUUAUUAAUUAUAAUAUGUUAAAUAAACUGGCAUUUAUAAGUUAGUCAAGAUAUCUGAAAAGUGUUUUGACAAUUUGUGACAGGUUAUACCCGAAUGCCCAUUGGUUCGUACUUUAACAAAAAUUAAUUAAUCAAGUAUGGUUUGAUUUAAAAAAUGUCCAACCCAAACCUGUGUUAUUGAGCUCAUGAAUUACGCUGAAUAGAUUAUCUGUAUAAAUAUUUUUACCAUGGGUCCUAAUUGCUAUCCACAACUAAAUAUAUUAUUAAUCUAAGUUUCAAUGUUGUUUCUUAUGCAUUUUAAUAUAUUACUUUUAUGAUAUAUUGUAUAAUUAUUCCGUAGCUUCCCUGCUUCUGCUGUAAAUAGAUCUAUACAAUUUUCCCGAGCUUCUAAUUGUCAACCACCGCUGUAUAUAUAUCAACAUCCCAUUCAAUACCCAAUAUUAUUUUUAUAAUCAUUCAACCAAGCCUGUUCUGUAUAAUAUAAGGUACUACCGAAGUAUGUGGACCAAGAUGGCCGACACCAGAACGUAGUAUGUGUACCAGGUUAGGGUUAGGCCAUAAUUUCAGGUACAAUUACAACGGGGGUCACUUGGCUAGCCUCCGAACUCGUAAUACUAAAAUAAGGAAAAUUGGAAUAAAAUUAUGGCCUUGGUACACAACUAUGUUCCGGUGUCCGCCAUCUUGGUUCACAUGCUUUGGGAUUACCUAAUAUAAAGCAUCUGACAAUAUACAAAUCAAGAGUUCAAGCGAAAUUAUUUUUGAAAAUACGUGACUUUGCAUACUCUUGCACUUCAAAAUUAAUUUGGCUAUGUGCUCAAGUGUAUUCUAUAUUUUAUAUAAAACAAAUUUAAUAAUAAUAUAAACGAAUGUGUUUAUAUUUUUAUAACAAUUUAUGCGAUCAAGGCAAUACUGUACAUAUAAACUAUCAAGACUUCUGAAGGAAAAACACCAUUGAGUUACCAUUCCGUUAAAAUAUUUCGUAUACGUUUGAUGAACACUGUAUAUAUCUAUCAAUAUCCUGUUGAAUAUCCAAUAGCAUUUUGAUAUAUUAUUUUUAUAAUCAUGCAACCAAGUCAAUGCUGUAUAUACAAACUAUCAAAAGUUCUGAUGCAAAAUCACAGUAAAAUAGGUUUUUUGCAAAUAUCCUACUUUGUAUACUUUUCCACUGGAUAAAUAAUUGUAUUAUG